CGUUGCCAUGGAGAGGCGUCACUAUGACACCAGUCCAGUAGCAGAAGGCGAGGCGUGGAUUCAGAGAUUUCACCAACUCCUUCAGUAAAGCACAUAUUCCUCUUCAAAAGCCACAAUCUCCGCCAUAAUAGAACUCAGAAUACGCUUUAUUAAAAGAUAGACGACCAAACAAACGCAUUCGCUCUCUUUACCGUAUCGGAUAACGUUUUGCUAAUCGUUUGGCGUCGUCUCUACAGUUGAGAGUGUUGUGUGUUGUCCUAGUUGCACGAUAUAAUCCAGCUAGCUCGUCAUGUGGCUGGCUAGCGAGUUUGCGAGCCGUUAAUCGAGCCAUGUAAUGAAGAAACUGAACGAAGAACAAGAAACUGGGGAAGACAUGGACUUGCAUGCCGAAAAUCAGGAAUCAGAGCACAGCAGGUUGUCUCACCGUAGUGAUGCGAAGAUCUUGGAAUCUCCUCUACGUUCUGGGAAACAGGAGAAAUACCGGAAAGACAUUGAGAGCUCGACUGGGGAUCAUGCACAAACCAGAACACAAGAGCCGAUUGGAGACCCAGACCGCGAUCGGUGUUCGGAUGGAGAUCACAGCAGUGCCUCGUUCUACUCGGAUGAUUAUGAAAACGCCUCGCGCUCGGAUCGGUCUCUCUCGUCAGCCUCUCCAUCUCCGCACAGAAAAGGGAGACCUAGGAGAGUGUCCAGCAGCCCCUUACAUCGAGCAGGUGUACAUAAAGGUGUGUCACGCCACCUCCCACUCCACUCCCAUCAUCCUCAGCAGCGAUCAGGAGGCAUCCGAACACAAAGUUUGAGUAAAGACGCUCCAUCCAAAGAAGUGGACCCGGUCACCAAGCGCAUGCUGUCUGCACGUCUACUAAAGAUCAACGAGUUGAAGAACGCAUUGUCUGAGCUGAGGCUGCAUGCAGACGAGCUGCAGCGCGAGAACCGUUUACUGCGACAGCUACAGCUGCGGCAAGAGAAAGCUCUGCAUCGCUACAAUGACACAGAGAGCGAGAUCUCACAGCUGCUGUCUCGUCACAACAAUGAGACUCACGUGCUGCGCGAGAGGCUGCGACGCAGUCAGGAGAACCAGCGCACAGCGGAGCGCAGCCUCAGGGAAACGGACGCCCAGCUCCAGCGCUGUCGCAGCCAGCUGCAGAAACUGCAGCACCUUGCAGAUGACCAGAAUCUUGGAGAGAGGGAGGAACUGUCACAAAAACUGAUGUACGCUCAAGCCAAAUUUCAAGAAAGUGAACGCAGAGUAAAGGAAUUGGAGAAGAACAUGGAGCUGAGUAGCGGGAGCUUUCAAAGGCAGCUAGCUAAUGAGAGGAGGAGAACUCACGAUGCACAACAGGAAGUUAAAGCACUACAGGAGGAAGUGGAGAGACUUUGCACUAAACUAAAGGAAAAAGAAAAGGAGCUGGAUGCUCGGAACAUCUACGCUAACAGGAUGCCUAAAGCUUCUUCCAGAAAAGAAAUAGAGAAUGGCAGCAAACAAAAAGGCUCCAAUACAACCAGCACUAAAGCAGUACAGACAGAUGUCAAGACGUCCUCUUUGGACUUCCCAUCGCCGCCUCCAGCUCUUACCAACGGACUCCCACCUGACGACCAGACCGAUGACUACCUCUCUCUGAAGCAGGAUCAGCAAGACAGAGAGCAGAGACAGAGAGAAGCAAAGGAAUGGAAGAUCCAAGAGUUUUGGAAAGAAAGGGAGAAUGAAAGAGGCAUGGAAUCUGUGAUGGAACAGACAAGGGAGAAGGAGAGAGGAAAAGAGAUGCUGCAUGACAGAGAAAGAGAAACGGAGCUGCUGAAAGUCAAGGAGAGGCAAAGACUAGAUCAACAGCCCAGCUCAAAUGAGAAGAACUUAAAGGGAAACAGAGGCCUGGGCAGAGAGGAAGAAGAUUGGAGGAAUGGCCUGCCUAUAUCUCCAAAGGAGGAAGAGAGCAGGAAGCAGCGUGAACCGGAAGAGUUACAACAUAAAGCCAGAAAUCUGGAGAUCCAUCCCAAUCAAGAGUGUGCGGAAGAGGAACGUCAGCGCAGAGAGCAGCUAUUGCUUAAGAUGCAUGAGAUCGACAUGCAGACUCAGGGUCAGGACUCAGACUUCUUCUCUGAUGACACAGGAAGUGUCCGCUCUCCUCCACGGUUGUCCGAGAAACGUAACCACAACGGUAUUUUUAAGUUCACAGAGCCAGAAGAGAACACAAACUCAUUUGGGAUUGGGAGAAGAGGAGGUGGUCACAGAGCACAAGGACCUAGUGAGGAUCUCGAUCUUGCUUUUGGCAGCUAUGCCCCUUCUUUCGGUAAAUCUGCCCCCCGUACAGGUUUGGCCACACGAAACACAAAUCAGUCACCUCGAGGACCAGAUGAAGGGCUGGAUCUGAGUGGCCUGGUCAAAGAGAGGAAGUCCAACCUCAUGCAGCAGCUUUUUGGUGCCACUGCCACUCCAUCUCCUUCAGAUCCAUCCAGCAAGAUGGAGAUUCUAAGCCCCCCUCUAACAACCCAGUUCCCUUCAGGUUCAGUGAGUGGACGGAGGAGGGACACAGACACACCAAAUGGGCUAAACAUCAGUUCUCUCCCCAACAAUAGAAGCACUCUACAAGUCUCUGAGAGCCGACCCACGGUCAGGGCCAUUACAUCAUUUGAUGAUGACAUAGAGGAAGUCACACUCUGAAUAGGGCACUUUUACAGUCAAUACGAAGGAAUCUGUUUCUUGCAAACAGAAGGAGACAAUCUAUAACACCUCUGAUAUUUGGUUUUGUGCUCCCUUAUGAAGUAAUCUCUGAUUAAACAAUGCUUAGAUUGCUAGCAUGCUUCUUUUUUAACACUUCCAGCAAAAUCAGAGAGGAAGACUUUCUCAGUUACACUAUUUUCAUGGUUAGGUAUGCAAAGGGACCAAAAUUAACACUCGCUACGCACCAAAUGUGGAAAAAAAACCUUGCUUGUUGGCCAGUAAUUUUUUUUUUUAGGAACCACAGCACAAUAGAUGGUUAAAGUCAAACUGUUACAAUGAUAAUAUGACCCUCGCUGAUGUAAUCAGCGUGAGUGAUUCAAAUCAAGAACAUACAAUCUGUCUUAGUAGGGGAAACUGUUGAGACUUCACACAUCUUUUAAACGAUUUGUUUUCACCACUUAUGUGGAAUAUGUCUCAUUUUAAGCCACCAAAACAAAAAUAUGAUCAGCAAGGUCACAAUGUGUUUUCAGUUUUUUGACAGGGGAAAAACUUCAGGCAUUUUGUUUUUAAUAAAAAGAAUUCAUUAAUCAGUUUCAUAUUCAGAAAAGUAAUAUUUAUGGACAAUAAAUCCUUUCAAUGCUCCUUUGUUACGUAUGGAAGACAAGGUCAUUUUGGACUCUACCUCUGCGUAUUGUUAUUAUCGCUGAGAAACUCCCUUGCAUACCACAUGGAAAGUAGUUAUAGUUAAUGAUGUAUUCAGAUUUUCUUACCAAUUUACAAGAGCGUGAUAAGUAGAGAUAGAGGGUGGUGUGCAUUAGCCGAUAGUCUUUUGUAAGAUUCAGUUUACGUGUUCGUCUGAAAGGUAACGGCUCUGCACUUUCAGUACUGAUAUGACUGUGACAGCUUUACCCUCUCAGAGAGCCAUGCUGCGGCUUGGCUGACUCAGGUCUGGGCUGUGUCUUCUCUGAACCAGUCCUCCCACACAGCACUUUUAGUCUCUCCCCCUUCACCUCACUUUAGAUAACUCUUAUUGUCUAUUAUGCGACAAAGGAGAGAGUCUGGUUUAUAAGAUAUAGUUAAGUUUAUAGUUUAUAGAUUAAACUAUGAGCCAAAUACUCAAAUUACUGAAAUUAUCUCUAUACAGGGCAACCCAAAAAUAUGGACACAUUUUUUUUUCACACAAGUGGAAUUUUCUCAGAUCGAACUAACUGAUCCCAAUGUGAACAAUAGAUUAUCUCUGUUGUAUUAUCAUUUCAAACUUAUAAAACUUGAAAAUUGCACUCGUGCUACCAGAUAAAUGUCAUUUGGUUUGAUAAUUUUUAUUUAACACAGUGAUACUUGUAUUUCAAUGUGUGGUAUAAGUGAACAAAUAUUUUUGGGGGGUCACUGUAUAUGUUUUUGUUAUAAAACUCACAAUUUGAAUUCCACUUCAAUUCACAGUUAAUACAGUGUCUUCAUUUGCCUGCUUUCACAUAAUGAGAUGUUUUUAUUUUUUAUAUAUUAAUAAGUAGGUAAUGUUUACUUGGCCAUUUUGGAUGUUUCAUAAAACCCAGGCUUAUCAAUGUAAAACCACUCAUGGGUGAGAUUUUGUCAGGUGGUUGUGUAAAAAAUGUGUGUGUGUGUGUGUGUGUAAUAGGCAGAUAUGUUUUACUAGCUCUAUACAAAUUUUACUGAUUUGGUCCUUAUUUAUAAAGCAUUUCAGAGUUCAUUGCAAUCUCAAUUACUGAUAAAUCUGUUGUGAAAUAGAAACAAUGUGCUUAAUAUUGUUGCUUAUUGUGACUUUUUAAUGAGGGAUGUCGCACAAUUUAUAUGUGGACUCAAAGAAAAGACAGAUUAACAUAUGAGACAAGCACACAAAUCAAAUAUUUAACUAUGUUUUAAUUACAAAAGAUGUUUUCACUUCAGGGCCACAUUUACUUUUUUUU